CUCUAUCUCUUUGUAGAAAUCAGACCCAGUGGUGUCCUACAGAGAGACGGUGUCAGAAGAGUCAGACCAGAUGUGUCUGUCCAAGUCCCCCAACAAGCACAAUCGUCUCUUCAUGAAGGCUCGUCCGUUCCAAGAUGGCCUGGCUGAAGAUAUCGAGAAGGGGGACGUCACCUCUCGGCAGGAGAUCAAGACUCGUGCACGUUACCUUGCCGACAAGUAUGAGUGGGAGGUGACAGAAGCCAGGAAGAUCUGGUGCUUCGGUCCAGAUGGAACCGGGCCCAAUCUGCUGGUAGACGUAACAAAGGGAGUUCAGUACCUCAAUGAGAUCAAAGACAGCGUCGUGGCUGGUUUCCAGUGGGCCACUAAGGAGGGUGCACUCUGUGAGGAAAACAUGCGCGCAAUUCGCUACGACAUCCACGAUGUGACGCUGCACGCAGACGCCAUCCACCGCGGUGGAGGACAGAUUAUUCCCACAGCUCGCAGGGUCCUGUACGCCUGCCAGCUCACCGCUCAGCCCCGACUAAUGGAGCCGGUUUAUCUUGUGGAGAUACAGUGUCCAGAGCAGGUGGUCGGCGGGAUCUAUGGCGUGUUGAACAGGAAACGAGGUCACGUGUUUGAAGAAUCCCAAGUGAUGGGCACUCCCAUGUUCGUGGUGAAAGCCUACCUGCCAGUCAACGAAUCCUUUGGGUUCACAGCUGACCUGCGCAGUAACACUGGAGGCCAGGCCUUCCCUCAGUGUGUAUUCGAUCACUGGCAGAUUCUCCAGGGAGACCCCAGUGACGCUACCAGCAAACCCUUCCAAGUUGUCGGUGAAAUUAGGAAACGCAAAGGUCUGAAAGAGGGCAUACCCGCCCUCGACAACUACUUGGACAAACUUUAAACACUGACCCUGGAUUAUUAUUAAAAUACCAAAUCAAUCUCUAAACCCUACCCCGUGGGCACUUUAAAAUCUUUGCACAGGCUUAAAGAUACAUCGCACAAAUUGUUUUGACUUGGAGUCCGGAGCAGAAACAAAAAGCUUAAGCUUUCGUCGUAGGCUAGUGGAAGCAGCAAUGCUUUUUUCAUUUCACAGCUACAGUACACCAAGUGCCUAGGGAGAGGGUUUUGGGGAACAAUUGGAUCGAAGCAGUUGUAUUGGUGGGCCUGUACAGUGCACUGUGGUACUGCUGCAAUAAUGCAUAUAUAAAUGGAUCAUGCCCAGAUAAAACCAUGGAAAUCACAAUAAAGAUACAGAAGUCAAACUCACUGGAUUGGACCUUUGUUCAGUGGAUGUAAUAAUGAAUAAAAACAUUCAACUCGUGAUGAAA